AUGCCUCAAGAAUCAUUCAAGCUCGUUAUUGAUGGCGGAGGCACUAAAACGGCGGCAAUACUUGUUUCCAGCCUUGACAGUAGUUACUUCAGAGGAUUUAGUGGCCCUUCGAAUGCCGUGACAGUCAGACCUAAAGAAGUCGUCGAGUCAGUAAAAGCUGCUGCAAAAGAGGCGCUACUUCAAAGAUAUAGGCAUUUGAAGAGUUCGGGUGAGAAAUUGUCCCUUCACUUAGAAAGAGUAAAUUUUGAUACUAUAUGGGUAGGAUUGGCUGGUAUCUUUUCAAUUGAGAAAAGAGCGUAUGAUCUGUUAUAUGAGCUAUUCCAGGAGUCUUUUGGUGUAAAUUCUAAGCAAUUGAAGCUAGUUAGUGAUUCUUAUUUACUUCCAUCUGCAAUGAGCUUGAGAGAAGAAGUAAAGUUCUGCAUUACAGUUAUAGCAGGUACGGGUUCAAGCUCGAUGUGCUUUGAGUAUUUACCAAAGAAAAGAGAUUAUAUCUUUAUGGGUAAGUCAGGGGGCUGGGGACCACAUUUAGGUGAUCCGGGAAGUGGAUAUUCGAUAGGACUCGAAGCAUUGCGCUCAGCCUUAUCCGCGGUAGAUAAUAUUUUAAUCCAUAAAUUGCACGACGACAGUUCCCUCAGAUUAACUAGGCUUCAUUUGAGGGUUAUAGAGCAAUUUGUGGCAGAUGGUGAAAAUGAAAAUGAACUUAAACUAUUUCUUUCAACUGUUAAUGAUUUAAUGAAUGAAGAAUCGAGGGGUUCUUUGAGGAAGAAAAAAGUGGCAUCACUAGCAAAAAUUGUUUUUGAAGAGCUUAGUUCAGUAGAUGGAAGUGAGAAAAUAUCACUUUGCAUUCUUGAGCAAGAGAGCUUCAGGUUGGCUCAAACGAUAUUACCUCUCACGAAGUUCAUUAAUAUGAGUGAAACUUUGCUUGUUCUUACUGGGUCAGUAUUCUCUUCUGAGAUAUAUCAAAACUUGUUUUUUUCUCAUUUGAAAGAAAGGAACAUAAUCUUCAAAGAACAUUAUUUCGUAUCUGAGCCUGCUAUUACAGCUAUAGAAGCUCUCUUGCGCGAGGAAGCAUUCACAUGA